AUGAACUGCUUAGAAGAAAGUGGUGGUGUUACGGCGGAGGAGGAAUUUCGCCACAACAGUACCGUGCCUUAUGACUGUCAAAAGUCAAACUCACCGGGAAGGACAGGAGCGACCUGCACAGUCUGUGUAAAUCAUCUCAACUACACCGUCAGUGAGAAAGUUGGGCCUUGGUGGGAUGUUCAGGCAUACCAUACAAAGUGGACCAGACAUAUCUUGAAGGAUGUCUCAUUUUACGUGGAAAGUGGACAACUUAUGGGAAUUUUAGGAAACUCUGGAUCUGGAAAGACCACUUUGUUGGAUGCAAUUGCCGGAAGAUUAAGUAAGCAAGCAAACCUCCUUGGUGACGUAUAUGUGAAUGGCUGCAAACUUAGAAAGGAAGAAUUCCAUGACUGUUUUUCAUAUGUAUUACAGAGUGACAAUUUACUCAGCUACCUCACAGUGGAAGAGACCCUGAUUUAUACAGCUUUACUAGCACUACGUGGACAUUCUAACGCUAUCAAAAGAAAGGUGCAGUCUGUAAUGUUGGAGCUCAGUCUGAGUCAUGUGGCCAAUCAUAUAAUUGGAGGUCACGUUUUUCGGGGGAUUUCUGGUGGUGAAAGACGUCGGGUCUCUAUAGCAGCACAACUUCUCCAAGAUCCCAAAGUAAUUUUGCUUGAUGAGCCAACUACAGGGCUGGACAGUAUGACAUCCAACCAGAUUAUUCAGUUACUUUCUGAAUUAGCUCAUAAGAAUAGAAUAGUUAUCUUAACAAUUCAUCAACCGAGAUCAGAACUUUUCAAGUUGUUUGACAGAAUUGGCAUAAUGACCUGCGGAGAAUUGGUGUUUUGUGGGGGAACUGAAGAAAUGGUCGAAUUUUUCAGCAGCUGUGGCUAUCAGUGUCCUGAAUACUGCAAUCCAUUUGAUUUAUAUGUGGAUCUAACAUCUGUUGACACUAGAAGCAAAGAAAGAGAAAUUGAAACAUACAGUAGAGUCCAAGAGAUUUCAUUCUCCUAUCAAAAAUCAAAAAUAUUUAAUAAUGUGUUGGAGAAUAUUGAAGCAGCAAAGCGAGAAAAAGAAUCAUCAUCUAUUCCUUUCAAGAGCAGAGCAUCUCCAAAUACAGCUGCUAAACUCUGGAUACUGAUCAGACGAAUUGUAAGGAACUUAUCUAGAAACAAGACUGGGAUUAUCAUGCGUCUAUCCCAAAAUUUGCUCUAUGGUCUAUUUGUGGUGUUUUUUUUGAUGAAACUGAAUACUGAUCCAGAGAAGGGUGCAGUGCAAGACCGAAUUGGGAUAAUCUACCAAAGCAUAGGUGCCUCACCUUAUACUGGGAUGCUGAAUGCUGUCGCUUUAUAUCCUUCAUUACGGGCUGUUGGUGAUCAAGAAAGUUCAGAUGGUCUUUAUCCGAAAUGGCUGAUGUUCCUGGCUUAUAUUAUUCACAUCAUUCCCUUCAGCGUCGUCAGUGUGGCUUUUUACAGCUUCUUUGUCUACUGGACUUUGGGAAUGUUUCCAACGUGGGAACGGUUUGGAUGUUUCUUUGCUGUACUCAUAGUGCCACAUCUGGUUGGUGAACUACUGACACUGAUCUUGCUUGGUGUUGUUCAGAAUCCAAAUAUCGUAAACAGUGCUGUGGCUUUAAUUAAUGUAGCAGGAAUUCUACUUGGAUCAGGUUUUUUAAGAAGUGCAGAAGACAUGCCCGAACCAUUCCGGUGGCUGAGCUACCUCACGUUUCAGAAAUAUGGAGUGGAAGUCCUGAUGGUUAACGAAUUUUAUGGUUUAAAUUUCACAUGUGCCAAUGGUGAACAGUCAUCUCCGAACAGCACAAACAUUCCUUGCUGGUUUACACGAGGGAUUCAGUACCUUGAUUCGACAUAUCCUGGGGCACCUUCCAGAUUUGUGUUUGAUUUUCUAAUGCUAUAUGCGUUCUUGCCUGCUCUGGUUAUCCUCGGCAUUAUUAGUUUCAAGGUUAGAGAUUUAAUCAUCCAGAGGCACUGAGGACAAAAGGGCUGCAUAUUGAGAUGCUUACAACACUCCUGAAAGAAUGUGAGGAACUUAAUUAUGUAUCUUCCUUUUGAUUGUUUUUCUCUUUUCCUUAAACUUCAUCUGCUGCGGUAUAGGUGCAGGGUUUGGUUGCCCCACCAUACUUUGACACUGCUAAUAUUGUCAGACUGGUCAACAUAGCUCAGUCAGUUUAAUCCUGUUCUCAAAUAUAUAUCACUAAGGGGGAUGUUAAAGAAAGAGGAGCAGCCCUGACUGGCAUUUUAACCCCUUUUAUUCCACCCUGACACCUUGCUUGCCACUUCAGAUAAGAUUGACCUAGUACAGAUUUGGAAUCAAUCUUAGGAUGUUCUUGGUCUGUAUGGAUUAGCUUUAUAAUGAACAUACUCACUAAGUCAUGAGGAGAUGGAAUAGAUCCUUUACAUUUAAAUAGAUUUGGAAUUGGAACCUUCACAUUUAAAUGAAAAGUGAUCUAGAGUGGACUUAGGUAAUUUAAAUAAAAAAGUGGUGUGGCCCAUAAAUAGAAUCAGGUCUGAUAACUGGCCAUUUAACACUGGUCUCAAUGAUUUUGGGAAAUUAUCCCCCCAGAAACCCAAUUCGAAACAUUCUGUGACACAAUGAUAUCAAAUUGAUGUCAUAAGACUAUUUUGACAAAAGAUGUUAUGUAAGUUCUUGUCUUUUAAAUAUAACAGAUUUAAUGUAGCUAUUUGGCCAUGAUUUAUUUUCAUUUCAUCUGGCAGGUUUU